CCCAAACAAUUUGCAAAUNCCCCCCAAAAAAAAAACCAUGAAUCUCUUCAUCCCCAUUUUCCCUCUUCUCAUCGCCGUUCUCCUUCUCUCGCCGUCUCUCUCUCUCGCCACCGCCCGGAAGGACGGCGGCUUCCCUGGCAUGUUCGGACCCGGCAACGGAUUUGACGACAUACCCGGCUUUGGAAAGGGCUGGGACAAGGGGAUCGUCGGCGGUGGAUAUGGCGGCGGCUACGGCGGCCCCAAAGGCGGUUACGGCAAGGGUGGCAUCAUAAGGAGCCCUGUGGUGUGUAAAGAGAAAGGUCCUUGUUACAAUAAGAAGGUGAUUUGUCCGGCUAAGUGCUUCUCCUCCUACAGCCGAUCGGGCAAGGGCUUCGGCGGCGGCGGCGGCGGUGGUGGCUGCACCAUCGACUGCAAUAAGAAAUGUAUCGCCUAUUGUUAGGGAGGGGCGGUAGCCGGAAAAAGUAUCUAUAAUUAGUAAUUAAGCUUGUCUUAAUGGGGAAAAAAAGGCUAUAUACUACAGUUUUACUAGACUGAUAUAUAAAUUAUUAGAAAUAUAUAAUUAUAAGUGAUGUUAUGUUGGAGUAUUAUGUAUGAGUUUUUAUUUCUUUGUUGCUUUUUAAAAUUAUGGUUUUCUUGAACUCUUUUGGAAUUGGGUUUUCUAAUUCUGAUUUGAAUAUGAAGAGUGAGAGUUUUAAUAGUUCC